GCGGCGCGGCGCGAGGUUUCAAGAUGGCGGGGGAGGCGGCGCGGCCCCACUAACGCGCGGGCGGCGGAGGAGGGAGCCGCCGCCGCCCGCCCGCCGUCGCCCCGCACCGGCCGGACCCGGAGGAUUGCCGUUCCGUAGAGGAGCGAAGAAGAAGCCGCCGCCAAGAUGGGGCGGAGAUCCACGUCCUCCACCAAGAGCGGGAAGUUCAUGAACCCCACCGACCAGGCCCGAAAGGAGGCCCGGAAGAGGGAGCUGAAGAAGAACAAGAAGCAGCGGAUGAUGGUCCGGGCGGCGGUGCUGAAGAUGAAGGACCCCAAGCAGAUCAUCCGGGACAUGGAGAAGCUGGACGAGAUGGAGUUCAACCCGGUGCAGCAGCCCCAGCUGAACGAGAAGGUGCUGAAGGACAAGCGUAAGAAGCUGCGAGAGACGUUCGAACGCAUCCUGCGCCUCUACGAGAAGGAGAACCCCGACACCUUCAAGGAGCUGCGCAAGCUGGAGGCCGACUACGAGCAGAAGCGCGCCCAGCUCAGCCAGUACUGCGACGCCGUCAAGAACGCCCAGCACGUGGAGGUGGAGAGCAUCCCGCUGCCGGACAUGCCUCACGCCCCGUCCAGCAUCCUCAUCCAGGACAUCCCGCUGCCCGGCGCCCAGCCCCCCUCCAUCCUCAAGAAGACGUCCGCCUACGGCCCGCCCGCCCGGGGCCCGUCCGUCCUCGCGCUCCCGGGGCCGGGCGUCCCCCGCCUGCCGCCCGGCCGCAAGCCCCGCCCGCCGCCCGGCCCGCCCCCGCCCCAGGUCCUGCAGAUGUACGGCCGCAAGGUGGGCUUCGUGGAGCUGCCCCCCCGCCGCCGAGACGAGGACCUCCCGUUCGCCCCGGACUCGGCCCAGCGCGGCCACGGCGACGAGGCGUCCAGCAGCAGCGAGGACGAGGGCUACCCCGAGGACAUGGAGCAGGACAAGGGCGAGGACAGCAGCGACGACAGCGACAGCGACCGGUCGGAGGCCGACAGCGAGGGAGACGACCUCCCGCAGCGCGGCGACGUCCCCAGGGCCGACGGCGACGACAAGAAGCCCGGCCUGAGCGUGCGGUUUGCCGACGUCCCCGGGAAGCCGCGGAAGAAGAAGAAGAAGAAGAACGUGAAGGAGCUGACCCCUCUGCAGGCCAUGAUGCUGCGCAUGGCGGGCCAGGAGAUCCCGGAGGAAGGGCGGGAGGCGGAGGGCUUCUCCGAGGAGGACGAGGACGACGACGACGACGAGGAGGACGAGGACGAGGACGAGGACGCCGACGGGUCGGAGGACUCCGGCCCCGAGGACCCGGCCCCGCGCAAGGACGACGCCGGGCCCGAGGCGGGGGCCGGCCCGCCGGGGGGCCCCCCGCCCCCGCCCCAGCCCGGCCCGCCCGCCCAGAUGCCCGGCCCGCCCCCCCUGGGCCCCCCGCCCCUGCGGCCCCCCGGGCCCCCCGCCGGCCUCCCGCCCGGACCCCCUCCAGGUGCCCCCCCGUUCCUGAGGCCCCCCGGGAUGCCGGGCCUGCGAGGCCCCCUGCCCCGGCUCCUGCCCCCGGGCCCGCCCCCCGGCCGGCCCCCCGGCCCCCGCCCGCCCGCCCCCGGGCUCCCGCCCGGCCCGCCCCCGCGGGGGCCGCCGCCCCGCCUGCCGCCCCCGGCCCCUCCAGGCCUCCCCCCGCCGCGGCCCGGGAUGCUCCGGCCGCCCCUGGGGCCGCCCCUGGGGCCCGCCCCGCCCGGCCUCUACCCGCCCGCCCCCCUGCCCAACCCCGGGGUGCUCAGCGCCCCGCCCAGCCUCAUCCAGCGGCCCAAGGCGGACGAGGCCGGCGGGCCGGCGGGGGCGGCGGGGGCCGGGGCGGCCGCCGCCACCAUCGAGAAGAAGGCCACGGCCACCAUCAGCGCCAAGCCGCAGAUCACCAACCCCAAGGCCGAGGUGACCCGCUUCGUGCCCACGGCCCUGCGGGUCCGGCGCGAGCACAAGGGGGCCGCCCCCGCCCCGCCCAGGAAGGCCGAGGACCAGCCGGGCGGCCCCCCGCCCAAGGCCGGGGCCCCGGCCCCGCCGCCCCCGCAGACCAAGGACGACGUCUACGAGGCCUUCAUGAAGGAGAUGGAGGGGCUGCUUUGAGCGGCGCCGGCCGGCACCCUCUCCGCCCGCGGGACGGACCCUCCGCCGUCGUCCGCCGCCGCGGCCCGGGCCGCUCUCCCUCGGGAUGGACGGCCGCGGGCCCGUCCGGGCGGGAAACGGGAGAGGGGCGGGCCGCUCGUCGCCUCCGUCCGCCCCGCGCGUCCGUCGGUCGCUCUCCCGGGCGCUCGGCCCGGCGCUCCGCGCGCGGGGGGCGGUGGAUAAAUACAGCCGGAUGCGAGCGGA